CGUCAUCGCGUGAGGACGGUAGAGACCGUCCUUGGUUCAACUGUCGGGUUAAUUCGUUGCGCGCGACGCGAUUGGUCGACGGCUCUUCCGUAAGCCCCGCCUACCAGGUGGCUGUUCGAAAGUAUGUAGUUGUGUUGUCUUACGCCGAAACGACAAGCGCUGCUCUACUCUCUCGUUCGACUCGGAUUGAAUCGCAAGAAAAAUUCGAAUUGAAUCGUGUCGACGUGAUAAUAUGAGACGGUCGAGUGGGAGUCGCGUUGAUGAGAAAACGCGCUCGAGGGUGGAACUCGGUCGUUAACAUCGUUCACGGGGGUGCUGCUGCCACAUACAGUGAUACCGUAUCCGGGGGGAUGUCUCAGCUCUGAUCGCGAGUGCAUCGUGAGAGGAGAGAGAGAGAAAGAGGGGUAAAGGAGAGAACAUACGGAGACGUGUGAAGAAGGCGCGAGAAGCGGUAGCGGAGACGGAGGUGUGUAGAAGGAAAAACACGUUGCACGAAGAAGCAUCUCGGCGCCGCGGAAGUUCCGGUUCAGGAUUUUCCGUCGUUCGGUAGUUAUCCGGUGAUUCGUUACGCGCGCCGCAUGGCGCGAAUUUCGCGUCGCGUGUAAAAAUUCAUUGACGGUGAAAAAGACGAGAGAAUAAAUAGAGAAAAAUAGAGAUAGAAAAAGAGAGAGGGAAAACAGAGGGAGAGAACGCGAGUGUAACGAGAGAAGUGCGUUAUCGUCGUGCGCCGCUUCACGGUACAGGGAGGGAGGGGGGCUCGGAGAGCAGAGGCUCGCAACGGAGGCCGUCAGCUGUGUGCUGCGCCGCGGGGACGUGAGUCGGUGCGCAAGUGCGAGCGGGAUAGAGCGACGCGACCGAGCGAGACAGCGAGAAGCCCGCACACGGCGAAAUGGGCAACGAAGAAAUGGCGCUGGUGCCAGGUGUCCAGUAUGGUUUAUCAUCGCAAAGUAAUUUCAACCGUAACAAGUCGCUAAUCUUCACCAAGCUUACUGACUCGUCGUUUCGUGCCAUCCAGGAGUACCUCAAGAAUCGGACUAAAAUCAACGGCAAACCUACUAUACAGUUCCUACGCAACGAGGGGCACCUCGAAAUUCCAUCCACCCAUGGACCAUCCGUAUUCAACUUCGCUCUUUCCAGCAAUCAAGAUAUUCAGGGUAGCUUCGAAUGCGUCCAUCAAGCUGGCCCUACGACCCUCGAGAGUCUCGGUUCUCUGCCGAUCAAAAUGCGGAUACAAGCGAACGACGAUGUUUACGAGACCACCAGGCAUAGAAUGGCGGUCGCCGAGGAGAAUAACAAGAAUAAAUGCACCAGGGUGAUCAAGCCGAACGGCCCGGAUAUCGGACGCAAGGUGAAAGUGAAAGGAACUGGAAGAACAAUACCGCCUCCGUCGUCAUCGUAUCCGAGGCAUCGGGAUUAUAUGAGCAUUCCAACUUCCGGCAGUAGCCAGUUCAGAUCGUCAACCAGCAGGCCGCCCACUAGCAGUAGUAGUAGUAAUAGCAACCACUCAGCGACGGCUCGCAGUCCGCAGGAGAAAAAAAUCAUUUCCGAUCUUAUGCGUAGGCCACUUAAGGAAAGACUUAUUCACGUUCUUGCUUUGAGACCUUACAAGAAGCCCGAACUUUACGAUCGUAUCAACAAAGAGGGUCUAAGGGAGAAAGAGAAACCCAUCAUGUCGACCAUUCUGAGGCAAGUGGCUUACAUACGCGAUAACACAUACCAUCUGAAUAGGCAUAUCUGGAACGAUGUGCAGGAAGAUUGGCCCUUUUAUAAUGAACAAGAGAGGGCGAUGCUAAAGAGGCGGAAACCUCAGAACCUUACUCCACCCGGUUCGAGUGAUGGUUCCAGCGGCAGUGGUCAGUCGCCCAAUUCCAUCCAUGCAGGCUCGCCGCCUGCAAUCACAGCGCCGCCGCCUAGUCUGCUCAACAAGAGACCUGGUUAUUAUCAAGGUAGCGAUGGUUUACCAACGAAGAAACCGCGGGUUUCGCACUACAAAAGACCCGAGCCUAUCCCCUUUAUCGCCGCCAGCGACAAGAUGUCCGACAAUAGCAACAGUUAUUCUAACAACAAAAGUCCCAGUGGUGUUAGUGCAACCGUCGGUGGUCACCGUGUCGUCGACCACAUCGUCGAACGUUCCACCGGCGGUAAUAGUGCUUGUGGUGGUAAUAAUAACAGUGGUGGUGCUGAUUAUAACAAUAGUGAUAGCGGCGAUAUCAUUAGCAAUUGGGGAUCGAGACAGCAAACGCAACGUGAACGCAGCAACCGUGCCGAUUAUCGAGUCGAAAGGACAGCGAAUAGUGAUGUGCGAGACGCCGGAAGCGGCGGUCCCGCCGUCAGCGCCAACGUCACAUCCACGGUUAUUUCCAAUCGACCAUCGUGCCUCAGCCUGACAUCUUCGCCCAGCGCUAACGAGAGGAACAAUCAUCACCAGAGCGGACACGGUCGCGAUAGCAGCAACACGACGACCAGUGGAAGUGCCAGGAGCACUGGCAGCGCCGAAAGAAGAGAUAGAAAUGACAGGAAUCGAGGUGUGAGAGAAGAUAGGAACAGGGAGAAAGAAUCCAGGAAUAGAAGUAGCGUCCCGAGCAGCGCGAGCUCGUACAACGAUAGCAGCAACAACGCUGCUGCCUACGCCGAUAAUAUCAAUGACAAUGACAUCGCAAUACCGUUCUGUGACCUCGGUAGGACCGAAGAAUAUCCUGACUACCUCACGUAUUACACGACAGUAAGCAGCGCGGAACAGAGAGCUCGUUACAGGGAAGAUUUCGAGGCAUUAUAUCCGGAGUAUCGCCAAUUGUACUCCUCAAUGGAUAACAGAUCGCGACUCUUCAAGGAGAUGUAUGACGUAUACGACGAAUGUAAAAAGUCUGGCGACGCAGCAAAGACCGAGGAACUUCAACACCAGAUACAAAACGCGUACGUUUAUUAUAAGAAAGACAAAGACAGGUUAAAUGAAAAGAACCGGUUCGAUUAUCUGCACGGAAAGCUGAGCCAUAUAAAGAAACUUAUUAUGCAAUACGAUGGUACUUUUCUCCCUGAGUUUCCUGCAAUAAUGGGAAAUAAUGCUACGCAAACUGAUCUGCCUAUCGCCGAUGCUAGUACCAACGUGAAUAUCGGUGACUUCGACAGUCGGCACUACUGACACAAACUGAAAAGGCCACCUUUUGUUCCUCGCCUCCUCCUCUCGGUUGUUGGUAUGCUACUAUCGACAUUGUCGCAGAAUCUGCAUUUUCUCGGCAAGUUCCAAGGCUGAUCUUUCACAUGGUUCCUGGGUUCUAUCGCCGAAAAGUCAACCUAAUUAAAAAUAUUUAGAGAUUGCGAAAUCUCUCGUGUAUUGUAAAAAUAUCUUGCAAAAACCUCGGCAAAUGUAUAUCGCGCACGAUAUACUCUUUUUACUUGAUCCUUCCUUUUUGCGAGAAUCGACGAUCGUUCUCAAAGAUACCCCCCCCCCUCCCAAUUUACACAAUCUUACCGAUUCCCGCUGUCAUACACGACGAGUCGGGCAAGGUUCGCGCGUUAACUUCGACCAAUGAUAGUUCUUGGUAUAUCGCGAUACGUCGUGAAAGCUGACGACAAUCGAGCACGUUCAAGAGAGCGAGAUAAGCGAAAAAAAAGAGAAAACGUCCAUCCGGAUUAGAGAAACGUUGAUAAGGGCAUUUUGACGACCAGUGAAAUGCGUUUGUGUGCGGAUAUGUGAAGGGUUGAAAAAACUGGUCCCGUAACGACUGAGAGUAACGUUAUAGAGAAGCGAACAGAGAAACAGCGCAAUAGGAAAGAAAUAGUUAAAUGCUGAUAUGUUACUUAUAUACCGUACGCACGUCCAAGUGUGUCGUCCAGUUUUAAGAAUAGAUAAAAGAAAAAUAAAAAAAAAAAAAAAUGAUACGAUUGCGAGAAGAGAGGGUCCAAGAAAUAAUAAAAAAAAAAAAAAAGGCUUAUCGCGUGCCACGUCCGGGUUUCUUUUUGUCCGCCGGAAGGAAGAAAGAAAACUGGCUCGCAAUUACACAUAUAACAUAUGCACACAUUUUAUCUACGAGCUGGCACGAAUCUAUCGCGCACGAUUCGUGAGUUGCUCGUCGCACUUUAAGAAAACGGCGUGAAAAAAAAGCGAGUUACCUUCUUACAUACGAGAGAGAGACCGUAGGACUUUGUGAUUUUAAGGAUUUUUGUUAUCUUCUUCGUUCUUUUUUCCUCUGCUAGAGAAAAGAAAAACUUAUUAUAUUGAUCCUCGAAUCCAUUGACAAAAGCAGCGAGGCAAGGGUUUAGCUUUAAAGAAAGACAAGAAAGAAGAAUAAGAGAGAAAGAGUAAUCCGCCGAACAACAAAGUAAACAGAGUGUAAUUUAGUUGUGUGUACAUUGAGGUAUGAUAAUCAGUUUAUAACGAACCGAAUAUUUAAUCAGAAUUUUAAUUACUUUAAUUUUUAAUUUUAAAAAGACUGCGAUAUGUGCAAGAGCACGAUGAUAGGUCUUCGUACAAUAUUUUGUUUUUUUAAUCUUAAUCAUUGAGAGAGAAUAAAAGAAGCGUUUGGCGUAACUGCAAUUACAAUUUCCAUACAAUUAGACAAAACAAAAAUUACAAAAAAAAAAAAUUUGAAGAGAAAAUUUUUUAAUGAUUAA